AUGACAACCACCUCAAAUAAUGAAUUUCAUUUUCACGAUUAUUCAUGUUCCACCACGAAUGUGAUUCAAUUUUGGUAUGAAUUGAAAAAUGUCAAAAAUUGGGAAACAGACGAAUCAAAAGUAGAACUUUAUUAUUCCUCCCAACAUUUUGGAAAUUUUAUUGCUUACUUAUAUGGACAUCCCUUAAGGUACAAAAAGAUGAAUAAUUUAUUCGUGUUAGCGUAUUUGGCUCAUAAGUUCAGAGUACCUGAAUUAUCAGAUCAUUGUGAAAAUUUGUUGACUCAAAUGGUUAGCAAAUGGUUAAGAUUAAAUAAUUUAAGACAAGAAAUUUUGAAGUUCUUAUGGUCAAAAGGUGUAGAUAAAUUAUUUAAUUCACGUAUAUCAAAAUUCAUUGAAGAAGGGGAUAUCAAAGAAAUUAUUAAAUUAGCUGAAAAUGAAAAAGAAAGAAUUUUAACUUCGGUUAAAGAAGAACAACAACAGCAGCAGGAAAGUAGUUGUAAUUAUUAUCAACAACGAAAUGAGCGAAAGAAAACUAUUAUGAAAACUACUAUGAAGAAUCGAGAAUUAAAUAAUCGAGAGGAAAAUCAAAAGGGAAAUCAGGAGGGAGUAGUAGUAAAUAAAAGAAGAAUGGAUAAAGAUAAUAUUGUUUCAGAUUAUGACGAAAACGAAAAAUUAUCUAAGAGUAAACAAAAUUGUGCUUCUAUAUCACCAAUUGAUUAUGAAGAAGAUUAUAAUUUGACUUCAAACCAAGAACAUGCACUAAAAAAACGGAGUUUUGAAAUUACAAAUAGGAAAGGCAAUAAUGACGAGAAUUAUAUUACUUCCAAGAAAGCGAAUUGUCAAAAAGAAAAACGAAAGAUUAAACAAGUUGAUAUCACGAAAUCACUUAGAUUACAAAUUAAAAAAAGAAAUAAUUUUAUUCCUGAAAUUCCUAAUUGUAGACCACCUGGUGGAUUAAAAAGAAAUUUAUCAGAAUUAUCAGAUAGUUGUUAUGGAGCUCAAUCCAAGAAGCGAGCAGUUUAA